AUGAAACAUACACCUCGUCGCUCAUUCGGCCGCCUGUUCCUGCUCGCGCUCUUCGGCGUCGUGCUGCUGCCGCACGCCGCGCUCGCCCAGGACGUGUCGGACGAGAUGUUCGCCGUCAACAACACCUGGAUGCUCGUGGCGACGUUUCUCGUCUUCAUCAUGCACCUCGGCUUCGCCUGUCUGGAGUCGGGACUGACGCAGGCGAAGAACGCCGUCAACAUCCUGUUCAAGAACACGGGUGUCGUCUCCAUCGGACUGGUCACGUAUGCCUUCGUCGGCUUCAACCUGAUGUAUCCGGGCGAUUUCUCGCUCGGCCAGUUCUUCGGGUUCGCCGGCUUCGGCAUCGACGCGGGCGCGGAAGGCGUAACCAGCGCCUACAACCCCGGCUACACGUACUGGACCGACUUCAUCUUCCAGGCGAUGUUCGCCGCGACGGCCGCCACCAUCGUGUCCGGCGCCGUGGCCGAGCGGAUCAAGCUGAACUCGUUCCUGAUCUUCACGACGAUCUACAUGGGCUUCUACGACUUCGCCGGCUCCACCCUCGUGCACUCGGUCGGCGGCUGGGGCGCGCUCGCCGGCAUCAUCAUUCUCGGUCCGCGGCUCGGCAAGUACGGCGCGCACGCGAAGCCGAUUGCGGGACACAGCAUGCCGCUGGCCACCAUCGGGGUCUUCCUGCUCUGGCUCGGCUGGUUCGGGUUCAACGGCGGCUCGGUGCUGAGCGCCGACCCCGGUCUGGUGUCCCUGGUCUUCGUCACCACGUCGCUGGCCGCGGCGGCCGGGGUCAUCGGCGCCAUGCUCACCUCGUGUGCUCUACAUCGAUCGGCGAAGCUCGACGACCCGGUCGGCGCGGUGUCGGUGCAUCUGGUCUGCGGCAUCUGGGGCACGCUGGCGGUCGGGAUCUUCAGCGCGGACCACUCCUUCGUCACGCAGUUGAUCGGCGUCCUGGCCUAUGGCGCCUUCACGUUCGCGGCCGCCCUGCUCAUCUUCUUCGCGCUGCACAAGAGCCUGGGUCUCCGCGUCAGCGAGGAAGAGGAGCGCAUGGGGCUCGACGUCGGCGAGCACGGCAUGGAGCCUACGGCGGGUUCCAGAUCACGCACUAGACGGCGGUGA